CUCCCAUAAUACCUCAACACUCACCACUCCUCUCCAGUAUUCAAAUUCUCCCUUCUUUCCUUCAUAAAACCCCCACAACUCUUCCUAGUUUAUUACCAGGCUGUGUUUGAAUACUGGUCGAGAUAAUUUAAAGUAAGUAAAUUUUAAUUUAUCAAAAGAGUUCCAUUCAUUCAUACUUCACAUUAGUGCCGCCAGAUAUCCGAAUAUAUAUACAAGAAUGAUUCAAAGUGUUUUUGCAUGCCUUAAUGGAAAAGCGUCACACAAAAAAGCAGCUAGAGUAGCGCCACUCAAAGAGACAGAAGCUGUUGUAUACAGAGAUGAGUUAACGGAAUCCAAAAAGCAAACGCUCAGAAAGGCAGUGGUGAAGAAAAGAGUGCGGUUUGCGGAUUCAGAACCUACUAUUUUAGGAGAAGAUUGUAAUGAAAAGAGCAGUGUUGAAAAAAGUUGUGAUGGUAAAAAUGAUGAAUUCAGAGAAAACGCUGGGUUUAGAGUGAAGUUGAGAAUGACAAAGGAAGAAGCUGCUCAGUUUCUAGCAAGAUGCAAUGGUGGGAUUCUUGAUUUCAAGGAUGUUGCUCGUGAGCUUGGGGCUAUGCCAUUGAAUCGAGUUAGCGUUGUGUCUACUUGCUGAGACAAUUUGUAAUUUCAUUGUGAUUACAAAGCUUCACCUCCACUUUCUAUUAUUUUUCUCUGUAAAAAGAAAUUUAAUUUUUAGGAAUUUUUUUUCAUGAUAUUGAUGUCCAUGGAGCAACCCAGCCAAUCAAGAGGACAAUAUUAUUAGCAAUAUCAUGAUAUUUUAUACAUUCAAAUUCGUGUC